UUUUAAGUCAUCCCGGGCAAAAUAGAUUGUCUUAUAACUACAGUAGCCUACUAAUAAUUGUAAUAAUAGAACUGCAUGAUGACUGAGAAUGAGUGUGAUCAAUUACAUAGCCAUAAAAGUGAUCUUGGAACUGGGUAGGGUCUUCUUUUUGUAAAAAUGUGCCAAUUGUGAACCCAUAUCGCGGAACAGCCAGAGAUGAAGCCUCGAACGUCACACGCUACGUCAUUUCGCCUAUGUGAAUCCUACUCGAUACGGAGCUUCGCUGGGGGAGGAGCCGAGGUACUCGACACACGCCCCGAUGCCUCGACGCAAACCAUAACAUCACUACUAGACAUACUAACGCCUGGAACGCGUUACUUCUGCAUUUCUUGUUCCAAUGUGGAUCAUAUAUGUGUUGCUGUUUGCAGUUUAUGUGAGAGGACAACAUUUUUUGCAAGAAGCUGUGAAUCAACCGGGCUAUUGCGAAGGUGAACACGAGUGCCACAGUCACGAUGACCAAACCAAAAUUCAUCGGGCUUAUUCUCAAACGUCCAAUGUCACAAACACCACGAAUCACAGCAUGGACCUCUUCAAAGUGUCCUGUCAGAAGUUGAUAGAAUCGUUUCCAAUGGACGAGGUGGAUGGCGACUACGUCCGCACUGUGAAGAACUGCGUGUUCUCCAGGUCGCUCCCCGCUCCGCUCAGAGCUCCCGUCACAUUGGCCGCAGUCUCCAAGAGCGUCAUUGAGGAUCUCUUGGAUUUGGACAUCAGUGUCACCCAGACAGAUGCCUUCCUGCACUACGUCAGCGGUGCUGAACUCAUACCUGGUUCGAUUCCCUUGGCACACCGAUACGGAGGACACCAGUUUGGCUACUGGUCUGGUCAGUUAGGAGAUGGGAGAGCUCACCUGCUUGGCCAGUAUACCAACAGAAAAGGUGAAAUAUGGGAACUACAGCUCAAAGGCUCGGGCAAAACACCAUAUUCAAGGGCUGGAGAUGGUCGUGCGGUGGUGCGUUCGUCCGUCAGAGAAUUCCUGUGCAGUGAAGCCAUGCAUGCGCUGGGCAUUGCCACCAGCAGAGCCGCCAGUCUGGUGGUGAGCGAGGAGUCGGUUUGGAGAGAUCCGUUCUAUGACGGAAACGUGAGGAAAGAGAGAGGAGCUGUAGUUCUCAGACUAGCCAGGUCCUGGUUCCGCAUCGGAUCCCUGGAGGUCUUGACCCGAGGCGGGGAACUAGAUCUGCUCAGGAAAUUACUAAAUUUCAUCAUUGAAAAUAAUUUCCCUGCCAUUGCUACAGAGGACCCAGAUAAAUAUUUGGUAUUUUAUUCUACGGUUGUCAGGGAAACAGCUCACCUGAUCGCCCAGUGGAUGGCUGUCGGCUUUGCACAUGGGGUCUGCAACACAGACAACUUCAGCCUGCUCUCCAUCACCAUCGACUACGGACCUUUUGGCUUCAUGGAGUCCUACGACCCGAACUUUGUCCCCAACACCUCAGACGACGAGGGCCGCUACAGCAUCGGAGCGCAGGCUGACGUGGGUCUGUUCAACCUGGAGAAGCUUCUAGAAUCCCUGCAGCCCGCCCUCUCCCCCAGCCAGCAGCAGCGGGCUGCAGCUGUGUUAAAGGGCUACGCUGGACUUUACCAGAUGAGAUUUCACCAGCUCUUCAAGGCCAAGCUGGGGCUACUGGGUGAGGAAGAGGAGGACGGGAAUCUUAUAGCCUUCCUCCUUAAGAUGAUGGAGGACACGGGGUCAGACUUCACCAUGACCUUCAGACAGCUCAGCGAGGCGUCAGUGCAGCAGCUUCACCGCGGUGGCUUCACUCAGGUGACGUGGGCUCUUCAUGACCUCUCGUCCCACCAGCUGUUCUCUGAUUGGUCGAGGUUGUACCUGCUCAGGCUGGCCAGACAGGAAGGCGAUGAUGACGAGGAUCGACGGCACCGGAUGAAGAGUGUGAACCCCAGGUACGUCCUGAGGAACUGGAUGGCUGAGUCGGCCACCAGGAAGGCAGAGACCAACGACUUUUCAGAGGUGGUGCUGUUACAUGAUGUUCUGGGGAACCCCUUCAUAGCGCAAGACGCUGCAGAGGAGACAGGCUAUGCAGCGCGGCCUCCGCUGUGGGGGCGGAGGUUAAAGGUCAGCUGCUCUUCCUGAUUGGAAGAACAUCUGUCAUUGUUUCAGACACACCGAUCUGCGUGUAUGAAACUACAAGAGUUUUUGUUUCUGAAAAUGUCAGUUGACCUCAAACUUAGGUCAGAGCCACCUGAGAACUCAUCAUUCCCUCCCUUUUAUUUCCUGUUGGACAGAAAUAUGGAGAACUUGGAUAUUUUCAUCCGUUACUUCCCCAGGGUAGGCUGAGCAUCAGAGGCUCUGUGUCCGAAUCUCUGCUAGCUAGCAUGCUAAGUGCAUUUAAGGAGAAGAUGAAACAGUAAAUUCUUAAUUAAUUUGCGAAAUGGAUCUUUAUGUUGACUAUAUUGAUACCAAUCGCAUAAACAACAAAAAUAAAACUCACCAUCAAAUCAGCCUGCAGAUAUUAUUUUACACUUUACUACACCGUGUGAAUGUCUGUUUCUUGUGUCAUGAUGCGUUGAUUUCACCGCAGGAUUUUUGGCCCCAGAUUUCUGUCCCAUUUCAUGUGUUCAUAUAUCCUGUACAAUGUCCUGUGUUCAUAUCAAAAUCUGCCAAUAAGCAGUCAAUUGACCAUGGAGACAGUAAGAAAGGCCUGAUUGCGUCUAAGGAAGACAUUUUAAUUAAAAAUGAUAGAUGUCUGAAGGUUUUUCCAGAGCACUCUGCAAUCUCAUGAAGCCUAAAAUGUUUAUUUUUUUAUUUUUUAUUUUUUCAAAGCAACGCUUCUUCCAAGCGUUGCUUUGAUCGCUGAAACAUGUGCAAGGUGCUAAAAUUAAUUACUCACGUUUGUCAUUGAGCUUUCGCUUUCAUCCAAAGCGGCCUCCAGUGUAUUCAGACACAGGUCUUUAAGGUACAGGUUUGGGUUUGGCAUCCUGAUCAAGGAUGCCUACACGAAGGGUACUGAACCCAGAACGUUUCCACUGGGAGUCUAACCCCCUAUAAGGUCAUUGUAUUGAAUUGGAGACACUGCUUAGACUCUCCGGGGCCAGGAACCAGAUCGAGUAAGGUCUGUGUAGGCGGGUAACGCCGUCAGCAUCCCAGUGGUGAAAGGAAACAUUGCACCGUGGACCUCUGGGAGUGAGGUCAAGUGAGGUCUAAAUCACGAAACUGAGGUUCAUCCUUUCACAGUAAUGUACAGUCGGAUUAAAACUAACAAAUAACAGGAUUUAAUUGAAAGCUAGAGAGAUUCGACUUUUCUCUUUAUAUUUAUUUAUUUUUGUUUAAAUUAAUAUUGAUAUAAUAAAAAAAAAACGUACUGGCAAUGAUGGGAAAGUAGAACAAAAUGGGGAACGACUUCACGUGACAAAUGAUUUAAGAG